CUUUAUUUCGAAUAUGGCAAUUUUUUGUUUUUUUCGAACUGUCAUACAAAAUGCAACCCUUCCGUGCAACUUUUCCAUGAUACAUGUUUGACGGUUCGUUUAGCAACAUGUUUGUUGAAUUUCCAAGGCGUUGCAACAUGUUCUCUGCUUUGCUAGCCGUCGUCAAAAAGGGUGGCCGCAAUCGUUAAAAAAACGGCGAGUGAAUUGGUUGGCGGCGCGGCGUGUAGCAAAAUUUCACCAAAAAAUUUGUGUACUUAUUUUUCUGCAAAAAGCAAACGCAUUUCACUUGUAAAAUCAAUUAAUUGGUACGAAUGCGCUAAAAAUUCGUUGCAUUUUAGUUUCAUUGCCUGUGAUGCAGGCGGUAGGCAGUGCAUCAAGUUUGUAAACCAGCAAAAAAUUAACAAAAAAGCAAGAAAAAUCGGUGUAAAUGCUUGCAAAGUGUGAGAGAAUCUAACAAAAAGCAAAGCAAACACAGUGAAUAUUUUAUUCGUGGCUGGUUUUCUAUCCCCUCGCUCUUCGUGUUUUUGUUAAAAAUGUGGUUCGCAAAUUGAUAAAAAACUUUCUUGUUAACCAAAGUAUCGUCCAAGUUCUUAGUGGAUUACUAAAAAGUAAAUUAAAUAAAUCGUUUGAAAAUAAGUGAGUGCAGGCAGACGACUAAAGGAAGAUGUACGUUUUGUUUGUUUGCAAGAAAAAAGAAAAAUAAGUAAAAAAUUCACCAAGUACACAUAUGUACACAAAACAGUAAUCUGAAAAAAUUGGUUACAAGCGGAAGAACGCGAAACAAACCAGAGAAAUGCACCCGUGUUAUUGUUGCUCCCACUAUAUUUGCGAUGCUUGCCCACUCGCCGUCUCACAGCUGUCCCAACUUCAAUUAAAGAUCCAUCAUUUAUUUACUUGCCUAUCGACUGUUCAACUCCUGCACGUUGGAGUAUUUUAAUUAGUAUCGGUAUAAAAGUCGUUUAUUUGGGCUUGAAAAGCGAACAAAGUUUAAUACAGGAAACUAUAAAUGUGUAAACAAAUCGCAAGCAUCAACCUGGAAUAUCAUCAGACGGCUUAAAAGAACAUAGCCAUAUUUGUAAAUCCGUGGGUGGAAAAGGACUUUGCGGAAUUUGUAUUCAAUGUACAUACAUAUGCAGUAGCAAGCAUAGUGUUUUUAGAGCUUUUAAUCAACGCUUAAGAAAAUUACGCUAAGUCAGCGCUCUACGUUAAAUUCACUUAAAAAAUAACCAUUUAUUAGAUUUGUGUGAAAUUUAAAAUUAUUAAGACAGUGUUUCCAAGUGUUUGUUCGUGUAAAUGUUAGUUAAAAAGUGUUGUCAAAAGUAAUCAAUAUUAAAUAAGUAUAAGAAAAAAGUUGAAAUUGCAUAAUAUUGCAAUACCUACAUGAUAUCAAGUUAUGAAAAAAUCUAAAUUUCAAAAGUAGACUAUAAAGUUGCUCUCCAUCAAUUUAUUUGAUUUAUAAAAUCAAUUACCAGUAUCGUGUCGCGCGCGCGCGUUCCAUUCUACUACUGUUGUUGCGGGAAAUUUUCAUCAAUUGUAUGGCAAUUUGUUGAAUGGCGGCCAUUGUUGGCCCCAAAAGGCAAACCGAAAGCGGAAUAAGGGCCAAUCCCAUCCCCAAUUAUAGCCAUAAUCACAAUAGCAUUUAUACACAUACUAACCGCCAUAUUCGUACGAGCGUUAACAACUGUUUUGGCAUUAGCACCAACUCCAGCGCCCAACAACAACAGUUCAGUGGUCAUACAGCAGUAGUGUCCGUCGCUGCACCCAUUUCGCGUCCUCGUUCGCGUAUUUCAAUGAGCGUAUCAAUGUCACUGGUACAGGGAGGAGCUGCUGGCGGUGCCCCACAAGGUGCCAUUCUAGCUGCUGCAGCACCAUAUUAUCAGCCACCUGCUGUGCCACAGGAUGUGCAGCCGGAUCGUCCCAUUGGCUAUGGUGCCUUCGGAGUAGUAUGGGCAGUCACAGAUCCACGCGAUGGACGACGCGUUGCGCUUAAAAAACUUCCAAAUGUCUUUCAGUCGCUGGUCUCAUCGAAAAGAGUUUUUCGUGAAUUGAAAAUGCUUUGCUUUUUCAAGCAUGAAAAUGUACUCUCAGCAUUGGACAUUUUACAACCACCUCAUUUGGAUUUCUUCCAAGAAAUAUAUGUGAUAACCGAACUCCUACAGUCAGAUCUCCAUAAGAUAAUCGUCUCGCCACAGCAUCUCUCCGCCGAUCACAUCAAAGUGUUCCUCUACCAAAUAUUGCGCGGUCUCAAAUAUCUGCAUUCGGCGCGCAUCCUCCAUCGCGACAUCAAGCCCGGCAAUCUGCUCGUGAACUCGAAUUGUGUGCUGAAAAUAUGCGAUUUCGGUUUGGCGCGCGUCGAGGAGCCCGAUCAGGCCAAACACAUGACGCAAGAGGUUGUCACACAAUAUUACCGCGCACCGGAGAUAUUGAUGGGCGCUCGCCAUUAUUCGUCCGCUGUGGAUGUUUGGUCGGUCGGUUGCAUUUUCGGCGAACUGCUCGGUCGUCGCAUUCUCUUUCAGGCACAGAAUCCCGUGCAGCAGCUGGAGUUGAUUACGGAACUGUUGGGCACACCCUCCAUGGAGGAUAUGCGUCAUGCAUGCGAUGGCGCCCGUUCACAUAUGCUGCGUCGCGCACCCAAGCUGCCAUCAUUUUCGGCGUUGUACACGCUCAGUUCGCAUGCGACGCACGAAGCAGUGCAUCUGCUAUGUCAAAUGUUGGUCUUCGAUCCGGAUAAGCGCAUCACAGUGACGGAUGCUCUGGCGCAUCCCUACCUGGACGAGGGUCGUUUGCGAUAUCAUUCGUGCAUGUGCAAAUGCUGUUUCACUACCUCGGCCGGUAUGCGUCAAUAUACGGCCGAUUUUGAGCCAUCAGCUGGUCAGCCAUUUGACGAUCUGUGGGAGCGAAAGUUGACUUCGGUGCAGCAAGUCAAAGAGGAAAUGCACAAAUUCAUAGCGGAGCAACUGCAGACGGGACGAGUGCCACUUUGUAUAAAUCCGCAAAGUGCGGCCUUCAAAAGCUUUGCUAGUUCAACUGUGGCGCAUCCUUCCGAAUUGCCGCCAUCGCCACAUCAAUGGGAAUGACGGCAAAAUGAGGCCAUAGCCGCCUAAAAGUAGAUACUAAACAACAGUUAUUAUUAUAAUUACAGCAACAACAAACAGCCAACAAUACCACCCGUUUUAACCAAAUUCUUUUCAUUUAAAUUUAAUUAAACUAAAUAAAUGUAAUAUGUAUAUAAAAACACAACGCUGAAAUUAUGAUGCAGCAGCAGAUAAAAUAGCCGGAAUAAAACGACGGCAAAGAAACGAUAAAAAGAGCAACAGCAGCAGCAACAGCAGCAGCAGCAGCAGCAGUAGCAGCUAAAAACCGAGUGACAGCGACAAAUAUUAUAAAGAACUUUAAUAGACUCUUAUUUUUAAGAAUAAAGCAACGAUUUUAAUUUUUAAGUUAAAAGUGUAACGUAAAUGGAUGGAUGCAUAAGCAGAGGAAGCGCCAAUGGGCAGCCACGAAAAAUAAUUGAAAAAAGUCAAAAGUUGAAGCGGUGUAACCUGGCGGAGCUGCCACCACAUUUGAAGAAGUUUUACGAAGGAAGAAUGAAUAGAAAGUGAAACAAAGCAGAGCAUAAUAACUAAAUAUUAUGUAAAUUAAUUAAAGUAGAAACGAAGUGGAGAGAAAUGUAACAAUGAGCGGUACAGUAAUCAUUCCACCACCGAUUAAAAACACAAAAAAAAAGAAACACAAGCAAAGGAAUAAUUUUGCGCAGAAGAUGCGGAAGAGGGCAGUAAGUAAGAAUGCUGCCCAAAGCAACACUAGUCGCCUGAAGUGAACUGAAGACAGGAAAAUUGAAGCGGUAAAAGAGUGAAGCACACAAAGCUAUGCUGCGAAAAGCUUUUGGGGUUGCGCGUAAAUGAACAGCUGAUGCUGAAGUGUGUUUUAAUAGAAGCAGAAGAAGAAGUAGACAGCAGCCCCGAGAAUGAGCCAUUGAAAUGGUGACGUCACAAAAAAUGCGCAGUCAAUGCUGAGCAGCGCAUUUGUGGGAGCUUCGAAGUAGCAAAUUCCGGCGUGCGAGGGCUACAGUAAGUGUAGCUGCAAAUUAUGGCGGCAAUAAGAAGUCAAAAACUAUCGCUGACGAUUGUAAGGGAG